AAUGCUGAAAUGCCUGGCUUUGUCCGUCGUUUUACUGGUCUGUGCCGCGGCCCAGGAGCCCAGACGGGAUGCUGAGUAUCCCCCACCAGCAAUUCUGAAGCUGGCCAAGCAUUUCCAUGACAUUUGUGCACCCAAAACUGGCGUUACUGACGAGGCCAUCAAGGAGUUUAGUGAUGGCCAAAUCCAUGAAGAUGAGGCCCUCAAAUGCUAUAUGAACUGUCUGUUCCAUGAGUUUGAGGUGGUCGACGACAAUGGCGAUGUCCACAUGGAAAAGCUCUUCAAUUCGAUUCCGGGCGAAAAGUUGAGGAACAUAUUGAUAAGCGCUUCCAAGGAUUGCAUUCAUCCGGAGGGCGAUACCUUGUGUCACAAGGCCUGGUGGUUCCAUCAAUGCUGGAAGAAGGCUGAUCCUGUCCACUACUUUUUGGUCUAAGAUAGGAUAUAUUUUUAGGGCGGAUCUCGGAGUUGAGCUAAGAAAUCAGAGAACAGGCAAUGAAAGCUCAGUUGUGACCUCCUUGCUAACAAAGUUGUUUAGAUUUUAAAUAAAUAUGAAUAAAAGGUUG